UAUAUGUGUUUACUAAGGCUUGCGAGAGUCUUUUAUUCAUGGCUUUGCUUGCAAACUGUUGGCUUAUUAUUGAAGUCUUCUUGAUCCCAGAUGGAUUUAUGAAGUGGUUUUUUCUAAGCUUCUAUAUCCAUCCCUUCUUCCUCUUCUUCUGUCAAAUUAUCCUCUGGAUCAAAACCCUAAAAAGAUGGAUCCUUCUCAUUAACCACUCUCUAUUCUCACAUGUCAAUGGAGUCUUAAUGAUCAUAACACACACGUUUUCAAGAUUCAACAAUGGCAACACCGAAGCACAAAAAGAAGAAGAAGAAGAAGAAGAUUUGUGGUAUGAAGUUGAUGAUUCUCUAAGCUCCUCAAAUAAUACUCAUGGGAUCUUGCUUUUACGCCAUGAGUGUUCUCCUGAAAUUACUAAAAUAACCUUUUGUGACGUUCACAUCGAGUCUGUCGAUCAAGAAACCAUGUCUAUAUGUUCAAGUUCGGAUCUUGAUGAUGAAAGCACAAGCUUUUCUGGUGCAAGUUCACCUAUUAGUUCUUACUCUUUUGGUACCUUUAGGGACAUGGAGGUAAUUUCAAACACCCCGUCAUCUUCAUGCACUUUACCAGAAGAAGAUCAAGCAGACACCGACAACGAUGGAGCCACACCGGAGUUAACAGCUUUCUUUAAACCUGAUGAAGAAGAAGAGGAAGAAGAAGAAGAAGAAAAAGAUUCAUUUUACAAAUCUUACACCAAAAGAGUGAACUGGUUUGAUCUUCUCAACCAAGAACGAACAUGUGCACUUCAGGCGCUUGUGGGGAAUAAUAAACGACGUUUGGGUGGUGAUGAAAGAAUUUUAAAGAGCUUGGAAAGUGAUUUUGAGAUGGUGUAUGUGGCUCAAUCAUGUUUAUCAUGGGAAGCACUCCAUGAUCAAUAUAGAAAGCUUGAAGCUAUUGUUGAUUCCUGUGCUCAUGAUACUUGUACAUCGGAUUAUGGUGCAUUGUGUAGUAGUACUUUGGUAGUUAAAUUUCAGAGGUUUCAGAUUCUGCUAGAGAGGUUUAUGGAGGAUGAAAGGUCUGAAAAUGGCAAAAGGUAUUGGAAUUUUAAUCAGAGAAGGUCUUCACUUAAAAGCCUACUACUAGUUCCUCAAGUUUCAGAAAAAGCAAACCACAAGAAAGAAGAAAGGAACGAAGAGCUAAUGAUGAGGGCGACGGACGUGUUGAAAACCAUAGAGAAAUGCAUGAAGACUUUCAAGUCAUUUAUCGAAGUAGACAAGAAGAAACCUUGGUGGAGAACAAGUAACCAUCUUUCAUGGACUCCUUCACCAUUAGAAGACCCACAAGACUUCAAUCUCUUGCAUGAUCUUACACGUACAUUGCAACAGAAAGAGUUGUGGAUGAAGCAUUUAAAGGGAAAAAAGAGAUGUUGGUUGAGAAACAAAGUCACAGAUUUAGGAGAUUCUCAGAAGAAAGACAUGAUGUUUGCCAUGAUCGAGUUGAAGCUUGUGUCACGAGUACUCAUGAUGUCACUUAUAUCCACUCCUCAACUCCAUUGGUGCCAACAGAAGCUCAAUAACAUAGAUCUCAACCAUGGUAAAAUCACAAGAUCAUGCUCUCAUCCUUUGCUAUUUCCCCCUUCUUGAAUGCUACAUCUCAACCAUGAUAAAAUCACGAGUAUGUAUAGCUUUCAUGUUUCUUGCUUUAAAACUCUUUCGUGCAUAUAAUUAAACACCAAAAGGCAACCAUUUAUUCUUUUGUUGUUUACAAUACUUUUGGGGGCAUUCAAUCAAACACCUAAAAGGCAACCGCUUGUUCUUUGUUGUUUUCAAUUUAUAGUGUUCUUUCUACCCUCAAGAACUCUUUUGAAGCAUUUAUAGUGUUCUUUGUUCUUUUCAAUUUAUAAUGUUCUUUCUACCCUCAAGAACUCUUUUGAAGCAUUUCUUUACAAUUUUAGGCAUUACAUCAAACACUUAAAUUGCAUCAAUUUGUUUUUUAAGACUCCUUUUGAGGCAUUGAAAUGCCUCAUAAGCCAUCAUCUAUUCGAGACAUUUCAUCAAACACCAUAAUGUUUAUCUAUUUGUUCACAAAGCUCUUUGAGGCAUUUCAUCAAACACGUUAACAACAUUUAUCGGCCCAAAAUAACAUUACUUAUCACAUGACAUAAACGAUCUUACCACAUAAACGGUGUGAUUUUCUUAUUCCAUUUAUCAAUCACACAAUACACUAUAAACAAUCGCCUACCCCCAAAAAGAAACCAAGAAAAAAAAAAAAAAAUGGGGAUACGCACGAAAUAUAUAUGAAUUCACACACACAGACACACA